AUGCUAGGAGAAAUCCAAGAGCUCCAUCAUGAGACACUCUCACCGCUUCAAACUGUUGAGAGUACCCUUGCCAAAAUAAUGGAGAUGAUCCAAGUGCAAGGGGAAAGUGAUGUGAAUGCCAUUACAUUAAGAAGCGACAAAGCACUUCCUGAAGCUACCUUACCACCACCUAAAACCAUUCCAAUAGAAGAAUCAAGGAAGGAGAAAGAAGCUCCUGAAAUUACGCAAGAUGAACAAGAAGAAGAGAAAGAGAACGGAAAGGAAGAGACGAUGCAGCAACCUUCUCAGAAAGGAAAAGAGAUCAUGAACGAACCUCCACCUAUUCCUAAGGCACGCCUUCCAUUUCCACAACGAUUUUGCACCGACAUUGACAAUGCAAAGUAUGACAAGUUUCUCCAAAUGCUGCGCCAGUUGCAUAUUGAUAUGCCCUUCAUUGAUGCUCUUGGAGAAAUGCCAAGGUAUGCAAAAUUUCUUAAAGACCUUUUAUCCAAUAAGAAGAAGUUAGCCGAAUCGGCCACUAUAGUGCUUGGAGAAGAAUGCUCCGCUAUAUUACAUAAGAGUGUGCCUCGGAAGUUAAAAGAUCCGGGAAGUUUCACCAUUCUGUGUAAUAUAGGAGGAACAUCUUUCAAUAGAGGCUUAGCUGACUUAUGA